AUGCCGCUGCGAGGCUUACGCCCGGGGAGGAGCGAAAAGGACCUCAAGCGUCGCAGCACCCUCGACCCUUCCAGCAUAUUCAAGCGUGAGCAGGCUUCGCGCGCCCAGUCCGCCGUCGACCUUGCCCCCAACCGCGGCAUCCAGUCAAGCGAUGGUUCGCGCCCGAACCACUUCGAUCCGCGCGUUUCCUGGGCUGGCGAGCCGCCGCCCUCGCCGCCCAUCCAAGAACACAACGCGCAGACGCGCCGCUUCAGUAUGUUGAAGUUUCGUCACGCCUCGGAUCCGCAGCUGUCCCAGAAGGCGAAAGAGCACGCCCAGAUGGCCGCCGCCCGCGACGCUCCCCCGGUGCCCGCCAUGCCCGCAGGUAAUUUUGGAGCGCCAGGGCAUCCGCGCACACGUGAGGACCAGACUGCUAAUUCGCGCCCCCUCGCAGCUCCCGCAAUCAUCACGACCGCGCCGACCAUGGAGCCGCCUGCAAACCCCCCGCCCAAGAAGAAGACGAAAUUCCCCACCUUCAGGCGCCGCUUGUCCUUCGAGCCCGCCGCCGACUCGUCCCCUCGAAAGUCGUCGGAACACAAGCGCAGCGCCGAGCACGCGCGCCCGAGCCUAGGAGGGUUGAUGGAGGCAAGACCGAGCCAGGAGGAUCCCGCGCGGCUGUCCGUAUCGCGAGCCCGUGAUCCGGCCGCCGAGAAUGGACAUUCGAACGCCGGAUCGCAGACUGCGCUCGGGGGAAGACUGUCAGAUUCAUCACGGUCCGACGCGAGCUCGAACGACCAUGUCCAACUUGCGACACACAAGCGGCCUUUGCUGACCUCGCAUUCCACCAUCUUCAGGUUGCCCAGGAGAAACAAGGAGGCAAACCGCAAAUCCCUAUUUCCCCUACCCGCCAGGAUACCCGCCCCGCCAGAGUUCCCAGACACAGCUCCCGCUACUCCGCGCGCAUCUACCAGCGGCGUCAGCGUCAAUUCUCCCCACCAUUCUCCCGACGGAACCUAUAGCCCUCCUUUGACCGCCGUGCAUCGAUCAAACACCGAUGGAAGCAGCAACCCCUCGCAGCCUUCAUCCCACUCCGCGCUCUCGUCCGCCGUAAACGGCACCCAACCUGACCUCUUAAGAAAUGACUCGACAAACUCCGCUCGUUCCGCACGAUCCUCGCACUCAUUAGCUCCUCCAGCGAAAGCAGGACUCCGAAACCGGUCGAAUACCAUGGGAUCGCUUGGGGGUAAGUCCGAUGAUGACCCGCCCCCCACCCCGCCCCAUGGGCAAGAUGGACGGCUUUCGACAUCGACUACUGGGAGAGCAAGCUUCAGCAACCUGUUCCAUCUUGGAAACCGCUUUAGGCAGAAUACGGAACCCAAUUCACCACGCCGUGGCUCACCAGGUGUUAUAGCGUCAGGACGAGGAUCGCAUUCGACGUCUUUGAAUAUUAGCCGGGAAGCAUUAGUGAUACCCGAGAAGGAGGAAGGGGAAACCCCGGGAAGAUACCUCGAACGUUUGGAAGAAAACAUCGACCGAAGUCUGAUAGCGAGCAUCGUUGCCAAGCACGGGGACGAAUAUUCGUUGGCGGUCCUACGAAGCUACAUGCGACGAUUCAUGUUCUUCGGAGAUCCCAUCGACAUGGCUCUGAGGAAAUUGCUGAUGGAAGUGGAGCUGCCGAAGGAAACUCAGCAAAUCGAUCGAGUCCUUCAGGGAUUCGCUGACCGGUACCACGAGUGCAACCCUGGCCUAUUCGUCUCGCCUGAGGAAGCCUAUUUCAUCUCCUUCUCCAUUGUGCUUUUGAACUCCGACUUCUUCAACCCCAACAACAAGCGGAAAAUGCAAAAACCCGACUACAUCAAGAAUUGCAACGGCGGAAACGCAUCCGAAGUGAACGAUGAUGUCCUGGCUACACUCUACGACAACAUCGUUUACACGCAAUUCAUUCAUAUCGACGAUGAGGUUGAUCUACGGAGUCUGGCAAACAGGCGGAGCAAGAAGACUAAGAUUAUCAAGAAUGCUGUACAGGACCCCGUGAAGAAAGCGCAAAAGGAACCGGUCGAUCCGUACACGAUCAUUUUCGAAAACAAACUGGACAUUCUCCGGCCGCCGAUCAGGGAAGUCAUGCAAUUCGAGGAUCCUUAUAGCUACAAAGGAACGGCGCAAUGCAUAGACUUGAAGUCUCUGCACGUGACCUUUGCGAGAUAUGGCGUUAUCCAGAUCGUCUCGGCUCGUUCUCGUCCCGAAGCUUUCAUGUCUCCGACGACGAUAGAAAAUCCGGAUGGUGCCCAGGCCGGAGUGGUCGAGAUGCCCGUUACCAAGGUCGGUAUCUUGUGGCGGAAGGAUUCCAAGAAGAAAGCAGCGCGAUCGCCAUGGCAGGAAUGGGGGGCGGUUCUUACACGGUCCAGUCUGUCUUUCUUCAAGAACGCCAGCUGGGCCAAAAGCUUGAUUCAUCAACACGACUCGCACGAAAAAGCCGGGGGUGCUGGAAACCCUGUGGUCUUCAGGCCACCGGUCGAAGAAUUCAAGCCCGACUACGCGAUUCCAAUGGACCAGUGUGUCGCAGCCUCGGACUCAAGUUACAGAAAACACAAGUACGCCUUCGUCAUCUUCGCCAAGGGCGGAGCGGAGGAGGUGUUCCUAGCCGAUGACGAGGCGGAUAUGAACGAUUGGCUGGCGAAGUUGAACUACACUGCAGCGUUCGAGACAGCAGGGAUAAGGCCCCGCGGCCUGAUCGGUGGAAGCUACGACGGUCAGCGCAAUCGGGCCAUAAGACGCCUGGAGUCUUCGCAGUCGGCAAAGUCCAUACAGGGUCCUACCGGGCAGGUCACAUUCACGAGUGGAAAGAUCGACAACCAACUGGCUCAGCAGAUCGUGAAGGCCCGACGAGAAAACAUCCAACGGAAGGUCGAGGAAGCUGACGAUCGGUUGGGUGCUGCGGUCAAGCAAUUGGACAGCCGUCUAAGGGAUGCUCGUCACUUGCAGGUUAUGGCUCCGAUUCAGCCGAGGACUAGAGAACACGUCAUGCAUGCAGCCGGCCGCAUGGCAGCAAAGUUGAAAUGGAUCCGCAUCGAGAUCGUCCGCAUGAAGGCCCAUCGCGACAUCCUCAUUAUGGACAUGGACGAGGAGAAGAAGAUGGCCAUCGAUGCCAAGAGAGCCAAGGAGAUGGAAUCGAUCCCGCCUGUGCCGGCUCUCCCGCCUGCGGCUUCAUCGCCCACCACAGUGCAAGGACCUAAAUCCUCACGGCUCAGUGGACUGGUCCGUCUUGGAUCUAAAGCUAGCGGUUCAACGACCAGACCCCGUUCACCAAGGUCGCCCUCAAUGACUGGCAGGCCCGACACAUCUGGCUCUGAUAUUGUUGGCGAUGAUGUUUUUACAACUCCCCCUGAGACGACCCAACCAAGCCCCGGCUCACCACCUGCCGGCUGGGAUAUUCCUCCCAUGAAGUUUGGGCCUUCCAACAGAGACUCUUGGGCUGAGUCUACGAAUUCCAGUCGCCCGGGACUCGAGCACCGGCCAUCGGUGUCUACUGUGGGCGACAGGACAGAAUCUGUUGAUGAAUCCGAUGCUGGGUCGAGGCAUCGUCGGCUGAGCGUUUCCGAUGCCGAGCGCAACCCGAGCGAGAUUUCAAUGAAUCUAGACGGCCGUCCUUCGACUCCUGCGGCUGAUGACGUUGAGCGACCUGCGCCUGGCAGUCCCGAGUCGCGCAGCAAGGUUCGACGUAGCCUUCAUCGUACCCUCCGCGACACGCACAGUGGUAGCGGGCAUCGUCGGAGUGGCAAGGGCAAGGAAUCCGGCUCCAGCGUCAAGUCUGACGACCUCAAUGGACCCUCGAGCCCCGAAGUCUUCCCGCGUGCUCACCAGAGUUUCACUGUUCACGGGAAGAAGGCUUCUGUCGUUACGUUCGGUGCGGAAUGGCAGAACUUGUCAGCAGAGGAGCGCUUGAGACUACGCAAGUCGACAACCGAUGAUGGCGGUAAGCUGAACAUGGCGGUCGCUGGUGACGAUGAUGCCACGAUCCGAGGCAGAGGCCGUGCUGCUUCGGCCACGUCUGAAAGCUCUCGCACCAUCAGAAACCUUGCUCAAGGCCCCGGUCCCACUCUGGAGGAGGACGAGAAGCAGGAUGGUUUGGGACUGAAGCCUCUGCCAAAAGACGUGCAGUGGGACAACGGUCGCCUGAGCGAGGAAAUGGCGGAUUCGGGUCUUGCUUCUGAGCCUGAGGAUCUCUCGCCCACGACGACAAGGGACAGUACGACCAAGGCCGUCGGUGACGAUGAGGACGCUCCCGCCAGCGAUCUGCACAAGAACGCUCAGCCGCAGGCCGUGGAAGCUUGA